AGCUAAGAAAGCGAAGGAGGCAGAAAUGGGCUCAGAGCUUUAAUUGGAGGUGACACAGGGAAAGGUGCAGCCUGAAUGAGGAGAGACACAAAGAGGAGAAAGAGUAGAGAGACGGGAGAGAGAGAGACAGGAGAGAGAGAGACAGAUCUGCGUGUGGCAGAGGAGCAAAGACCAGACGACAAACAAGAAGUUAAAGUCGGUGGAGCUGAACGCUAUCAGGACGGAGCAGGCGGCCGCCCAGCCCACACACACACACACACACACACACACACACACACACACACACACAUGCACACACACACACACACACACACACACACACACCUAAAGAGGACGCUCCCCAGCUGUGUUGGAGCUGAGGCGCUUCGAGUGGCAGCUGUGAAGACGCGUUCCUCCUGCAGCAGCACACACUGAGGAUGAAGUGACGGCACCAGGACCAGGAUCUGACCCAUUGGACCAAUCGAGGAUGUCGGUGAAGCUGAGGUUCGAGUCUGCAGGUCCGGUCCAACGGAGCCGCUCCUUCACUGGGUUCAGCUCUCUGACAGGACGGCGACGGCCGCCGCCGGCUCGCAGCUCCCUGCGCAGCAAAGCCGCGACGCCUAAAGCUCCCAGCAUGCACCUGUCUGCCAGCAGAGGCGCCGCCGUCCGGCCCGUGCAGCCCCAGCAGGUCGACCGCAUCUUCUUGGCGCUUCGCAAAGGACUCAAGGAGUUCCUGGACGUCCUCCAGGCAGAGAUGGACGUGCUGUCGUCCCAGCAGCGAGAGACCAAGAGGAACUCCAGACUGGCGUUCCUCUACGAUCUGGAGAAGGAGAUCAGAGCGCUGGAGCGACACAUACGGCGCCUGGAGUUCCAGAUCAGCAAAGUGGAGGAGCUCUACGAGACCUACUGCAUCCAGUGGAGGCUGUGUCAGGGAGCCGUCAACAUGAAGAGGGCCUUCGCGCUGUCGCCGUCCACGCGAGCGUCCAGAGAGAGUCUGCUGGAGCUCAGCCACAACCACAGGCACAGCCUGCAGGACAUGUCUGUGAUGGAAGGGGAGCUGGAGAUCCUCCUGGGAGAGCUGCACAUUAAAAUGAAAGGUCUGAUCGGCUUCGCUCGACUCUGCCCCGGGGACCAGUACGAGGUGGUCGUACGUUUGGGUCGCCAGCGAUGGAAAAUCAGAGGACGGAUCGAAUCUGAUGACACACAGGCCUGGGAUGAAGAGGAGAUGGUCUUCCUCCCCCACAUACACCACAACUUUGAGAUUAAGGUGACGGAGGCCAAGGGUUUGGGUUGGCUGCUGGUUGGCAUGGUAACGUGUGCGAGCGCGGACUUCUUCGUGGCGAGACCUCAGCUGAUGCUGGUGGACGUCACAGAGCUGGGAACUAUGAAACUCCAACUGGAAGUGACCUGGAACCCCUUCGACAACGCCGACAGGCUGAGGCCGCUGUCUGUGAGCAGGCAGUCGGUGAGCAGCAGGAAGAGCUCCGUCUACAGCUGGACGGCGCCGAGCUCCCCCUCCUUCACCGAGAAGUACUUGAUGUCCAUGGUGCAGGAAGGCUCCCUGCCGUCUCUGCUGUCUCAUCAGAACCGGGGCGGCUUGUCUCUGCUCAGCUACCUGUCCGACGCCUCGCAGGCGCCUCCAGGGCCCCACGCCAGUCUGACGCGGGCUCAGAGCUUCCUGUCCAGCAGCAGCCAGGACCACAGCCUGGCAGGAAGCCACACCCAGCUGGGGAGGGGGGAGGAGCAGUGGGGAGGUGCAUCUCACUGCCUCAAUGCAUCUGCUCCGGAGGCUGAGACAGGAUCCAUCCCAGCUCUCCAGAGGCCCAGUACUCCGGACCUCCUCAGGAAGAGUGGAGACGCAGAGGCUGAGACGCAGGGAGCGGGCCGGGCCACGGUCAGCGUGCAGGACUCGUCCUCCGCUCCUCAGCCUCCAGAGGCCGCGUCCGGUCCGAUCCCAGGACGGGCCGGGGGGAGCGGGGCCCAGCGCAGGACCCAGACCCUCAGGCUGGCAGCGCAGCUCUCAGACCUGGAGGUGACGUUGCACAAGCACAGCUGCUCUGAGAAGGAGGCCAAGGCCCUGGACAACAAGAUACUACACCUGGCCACGAUCCUCAAGAACGACCUCUCCCUGCUGAGGAGCUCCCCCUCAGAGGAGACGCUGGCCGUGGAGGAGGUCCUCGGCAGCUUUGACUUCCUGUCACAUGACUUCAAUGCGGACGAGGACGGCUCCUGUUUGGGCAGCCUGAGGCUCAAGGACAGCGGCAUCAGUUCCCUCCAGCAGAGCACCGUGAGAAGCCUCGGCCUCCUCUCACAGCAAAGCCAGUCCGCUUCUGAGGACGAGCUGGUCGUUGCCCCUCUGACUUCUGGGAACUGGAGUCUAGACCAGGCUCUGGAGACUCAGCUGGAUAUCUGCUGCCUCCUGCUGCAGAUGACGCAGACGACGGCCUUCGGUCCGGCUCGGCGGGACCUGCUGGAGGAGAUGGCUCUGCAGGCUGAAGUCCUGGAGGGAGUCAGUUGUCUCCUGCUGGAAAAGAACGACGUCCUCUCUGCCCGUGACAUUCUGCCUAAGGCCCAGAGAAGCAGGGACACGCUGCAGUUCUGGGAGGAGUGUGUGAACGGCACCGGUUCUCCGUUCUGGUGUCCGUGUGAGAGCUUCUCCAGGACGCUGAGAAAACGCUACACGCACAAAGUGAAGGCCAAGCAGCCUGGCCAGUCGGAAAGAGUGUUCGCCCAGCUCCUGCAGCAGGUUCAGUCCACCUGUCGAAUGGUUCCCGACCCUCGACCCGUCUGCAGCCCAGAGAGAGUCACCAUCUUCCAGCUGUCGGUGUUUCUGAAACGCUGGGGCGUUCAGGUGGGUGACCACAUCUCACGCCUCUCCAAGGAAGAGUACAUCCUGUCGGCCCUGAGGGGCCCCAAAAGGAGGCGGGCUUUGAAUAAGCUGCAGGGGCGGCGCCUUGCCGGGCUCCUCCCACUCACCUGCACGCUGCAGACCCUGGCUGCUCUGCACAACGACUCCAACCACAAAGUCUGCAAAGCUGCUGCCAACUGUCUCUGCAGGGCUGCAGGCUUCAAGGCCUUCAGGAGCAGGGCGAUCGUUUUUUACACAGAGACUCUGAAAAGCACUGAUGUUCAAAUCCAACAAGGCUCCUGUCUGGCUCUUAAAUGCCUCAGGGUGAGACACAGUGUGGACCACAUAGCGGACCUGUAUCGAUCACCAGAUGAAGACGUUCGCAGCGCUGCCAGAGAAGCCGUCCUCUCCUUUGGUAAGAAGGGCUACCAGGCCUUCCAGAGGAUGGACCAGAUGUACGCUGAGAUGCAGGAGGAGGCGUACCAGAACCAAGAGACAGAGAUUACGAUUCUGUAGGAAACGAUUCUGGACCUGAAUCGAGCCUGACUGAGCAGAACGAGGUUCCUGGAGGGAAACGCACCUUGUUGAACUGUGGUACCGGUGGUCGGGUGAUGAUGAUGGACUCCAGCUUUGCCUGAAAGGACAAAGUUUGCACUUUGCUCCAAGGCUCCAGUUUGGACAUCGGUGACUCUUCUCCAUAGUCUGCAUUUAUGUUUGAACUGUGCAGUGUUACGUUCCAAGGAGAUGGAAUUGUGUUUAUUUCAAUGAAACGCAUUUAAUUUAAUUUGUUUUUGUACAUUUUUUAUGACACGUUUGCUUUUUAUUACUGGGACAGGAGAAGUUCUUCAUUUUGUUGGAAGAUGAGGAGUAAAUAUUGUUUCACUAAAGUGUGUGUUUGUUAAACUCAGACCAAAUAAAUCCCUAAUACCCCAAA